GGGUCCGUCAGCAUCGGGUUUGCCCCCGACGCGCUUAUCACCGACGGCGAGGGCGUAUCACGCGGGCAUCGGCGACGUCAAGAGAGCGAUCUUCAAGAAUCCGUGAAAAUUGGUGCAAGCAAAACCGCGUUUCGCGGCACGUCAAGACAAGAAUAGUCUCGUUACGAUGUAUAAAACUCGGACAACCCACUGUCGAGUUACUCAACGGGACGCCCUCCUGCAUUGGAUCUAAUCCGUACUAGCCAUGCUUGCGAAACUAGGCGCGCUGUUCUUGGCCUCCGUAGCAACACUCGUCGCCGCCACCCCAGCCCCGGGCGGCUCGACGAAUGAUGUGCUCAGCCCGAGUGUGAAGCGUCAAGCCCGACAUGCCAUUGCACCCAAGGUGUUCAUCAUCAGCAUGUUCGCUCCUGAAGCCGAAGUCUGGUACGGGAUACCAGAGUUCAACCUCCUCGAGCGCAACAUCACCGUUCCGGGCUUCUCUCCGCUAUUCCCGCAAGCUCAGUGCACGAUGAACGGCGAGAUCUGCCAACUCGUCACUGGGGAAGCUGAGAUCAACGCGGCGGUCACUGUAGGCGCACUCGUGGCGUCACCCGAAUUCGAUCUCAAAUCUACUUAUUUUUUCAUCGCUGGCAUCGGCGGAGGCUCUCCGCUCCGGACGACCACCGGCAGCGCCACGUUCGCCCGAUAUGCAGUCCAGGUCGCCCUUCAAUACGAAAUCGACCCUCGGGAUUUGGGGCUGAAUGUCAGCACCGGUUACUUCCCGUUCCACACGAACGCGCCCAACAUGUACCCGCAAGAGUGGUACGGCACGGAGGUGUUCGAGGUCAACGACGCGCUCCGUAAAAAGGCUGUCAGCUUUGCCCGGAGGGCGACUCUGGUUGACAGUGCUGCGGCAGCGUCUUACCGUGCCAACUACGCCGCCAACGCGUCCUACGGUCCAGCGAUCCUUGGUCCUUCGGUUCAAGAGUGCGAUGUCGCCACGUCCGACGUAUACUACAGUGGCGACAUUCUUAGCAGCAACUUCGAGAUAUACACCUCGGUCAUCACUAAUGGCACGGGUGUGUACUGUUCCUCGGCCGAGGAGGACAACGCGACGUUGGAAGCGCUCAUGCGUGGCGCUAUGGCUGGCGUGCUCGACUUCGGGCGCAUCAUUGUCAUGCGCACGAUUUCCGACUUUGACCGGCCAUACCCUGGCGAGGACCCUUUAUUCCAUUUGGUGUCGGCGAACUCGGGUGGCUUCGACAUCGCGCUCGCGAACAUAUACAAAGCUGGUGUCCAGGUCGUGCAAGGCAUCCUUUCUGGCUGGAAGUCCGAGUUCGAGAAAGGCAUCAAGCCUACGAACUACAUCGGCGAUAUCUUCGAGACGCUAGGUGGCACAGCCGACUUCGGCCCGGGUAAAACAGCUGCCUCAACUGGAGUGUCGCUCCGAAGGCGGGGACUGGGAUACCGUAGGCGCUGA